CAUUGUAGCAGCUCUGCCUUUUUGCAGACUGAGCUUUUGUCACAGCACAACAAGAUACCUGGAGAACAGAAUGAAGUGGAAGGGAAAGGAGGGGUCAUCCUCGACGCCUCGUCCACAACCAGCUGCUGCCCUGCUGAAGGAGGGAGAGGGUGGGGAGGAAGGACCUUCCCUGCAGUUCGGGCUUGCAAAUCUUGGUAAAGAGUUAUCACUUAAAGCCCCCCACCCCACCCCACCCCGCUCUCCUCUCCAACCCGACGCAAUCGAUGAGGUCCUAGGACGGCGGGAAGAAAGUGACAGGAGUGCGAGGAGACGCGACGACCGACCCGGCUCCCGUCCCGCUCGCCCUCCAACAAGAGGAGACAGCCGCUGGUGGAGAGGGAAAAAAAAACAACAACACAACUCCCAGCCGCCAAGAUGGGACGGACCCUGCUUCUUUGGCUCUGCCCUCUGCUUCUCCUCAGCCUCUGGAGCCAAAGCUCCUUCUCUAAUGAAAUCCUGGGGCUGAAGUUGCCACUGGAGCCUGUGCUUAAUGCCAACACAGUCUGCCUGACAUUGCCUGGCCUAACCCGGCGACAGAUGGAGGUGUGUGUGCGGAAUCCUGAUGUGACAGCCUCUGCCAUUCAAGGUAUCCAGAUUGCUAUCCAUGAGUGUCAGCACCAGUUCCGUGAUCAGCGCUGGAAUUGCUCCAGCCUGGAGACCAAGAACAAGAUACCUUAUGAAAGCAUCAUCUUCAGCAGAGGUUUCCGGGAAAGUGCUUUUGCCUAUGCCAUUGCAGCUGCAGGUGUGGUGCACGCUGUGUCCAACGCCUGCUCCCUGGGCAAGCUGCAGUCCUGCGGCUGCGACCAGAAACGUCGUGGGGAUGAGGAGGCUUUCCGUGUGAAGCUCCACCGUCUCCAGCUGGAGGCCAUGAACCGAGGCAAGGGGAUGGUGCAUGGGGUGCAUUUGGAACACAUGCCAGCAGAGGCCCCAGGCCUGCAGGACUCCUGGGAAUGGGGUGGCUGCAGCCCUGAUGUGGACUAUGGGGAGAAGUUUUCCAAGGACUUCCUGGAUUCCCGGGAGAUCCACCGAGACAUUCAUUCCCGCAUGAGGCUGCACAACAACCGUGUGGGUCGGCAGGUGGUGAUGGAGAACAUGCGGAAAAAGUGCAAGUGCCACGGCACCUCUGGGAGCUGCCAGCUGAAGACCUGUUGGCAGGUGACGCCUGAGUUCCGGUUGGUGGGCUCACUCCUCAAGGAGCGCUUCUAUGGGGCCAUGAUGAUGCGGCCCCACAACAGGAACACGGGGCAGAUGGAGCUGAGCCACGGCCGCCACCGGCGUCGGGCUGGCAUCAGUGACCUGAUCUACUUUGAGAAAUCCCCUGAUUUCUGUGAGAGAGAGCCAGCCCUGGACUCCAUGGGGACGCAAGGACGCCUCUGCAACAAGACCAGCCCAGGGAUGGACAACUGUGAGAGCCUGUGCUGUGGGCGGGGCCACAAUAUCCUGCGGCAGACGCGCAGUGAGCGGUGCAACUGCAAGUUCCACUGGUGCUGUUUUGUGGCUUGUGAGGAGUGCCGGCUCACAGAGUGGGUGAGCGUCUGCAAAUGAAGGCCACCCCCUUCCCCAGGGCACAUUUGGAACGUUGUUGUUGUUGGACUUUGCAGCCCUCCGAGAUGGAGGCUUAUGCCGGCAGGAGGCACCGUUUGGGCAGCCUGGCACCUUAGUGUUUCAUGCCUCCCUGGCACUUCUCCUCCUCCGUUCUGACCUGUGAGGAAGCGUGAGAUUCCAUGGGGUGCAGCUGUACAGACAUGUGGGGCAUCUCACCUCUGAGGCCCAAAGGGCUGCACACAAGGGGGAGGGGCUGGCUGGGAUCUGCAACAUCGUACAGCCUAGUUGCUCUUGAACAUUGGCAUGGCCAGCUGUGGUUCUAAAGUCCAUGAGACACCCCACCCAAGAGUCCACCCAAUCUCCCAUCCCACCGCAAUCCUACAAAACACCAUGCCCAUUUUAAUAUCACUCUGGGAUCCUUCAGGUGGCAGACCACUCUGUAGACCAAAAUACUACCUUUCAAAAUCCCUUGUCCCAAAGUAAAGGAACCAAGGAAGACCCAUUGGGGCUGCCACGAGUACAUUUGUUGCUCAGGAUUCUUUCUUUUAAAUGCAGCAAAUUUUGUUUUUGAAAGAAAUAGGUCUCUGUGCCAUAGGCACUUAGGGCAGUUACUGUGGUUGGUAAGUUAUU